UAUAAAAAAAGAUUAAAUUAUCUCAAAGUAAUUUGUUAAGCAUUUGGUUUAGUGGUGUGGAUCUCCCCUGCCCCCACCCCAAUACCAAGGUUCAAACCCCUUCCUCGUUUGUUUUUUCAUUCUUUUCCGCACAGUUUUUUUUCUUUCUUUUUCACAAGGUUGGCAAGCGUUAAACUAAAACACGGAAGAAGGAAUAGUUAAAUGUAAUGUUGAUGCUAACGAAGGAAGCAUGCGUAGGAAUGGUGGUGCGAGAUGGUAUGGGAGGAUUUGUGUGCGGAGCUUCAAAAAGAUCGCCCAACCUCUUUCUCCUAUUCUCUUGUUUGUCUCUUCUCCCUCCCCUUUCUUCCUCCUCAUCUCCCACGGUCUGUCUGUCUUCUCGGCCUGCACCGUGAAGCACACUUAUCUUCUAGCCGCAUUAACGGUGGUCGUGUUGGUGGCGGUGAGGCACCUGCCGCCGCCGUAUGAGGUAGAUGAGGAGGAGUUGGCGGCGGCCUCCGCCACCCUAAUAGCCUCACUCAACAUCCACGCUCUGGACAUCGACACCCUCAGUCUAGAGACCGCGAUGGGUCCUUGCCUCGUUGUUGAAACUCCCCUCAACAAAAACAUCACCACCCGGAUGAAGGGGCUGGCUAUCCCGAGGGGAGUGAACCGAGUCGUGUUCAAAACACUGAACACGGACAAGAAGUUGAUGGCCAAAGGAGAGUUUGAUUCGAGCUACACCGGCUUCACGGUGACUCAAUAUCUGGCUGCCAACACAGAUGUCGAGCUUGUUGCCAUAAUCCAAGUGGAGGGUUUGAAACUACAUGAAGUAGCUCCUGGAGCUUACUCUUUCAAGGUCAACUACAACACCCAGAAGGUCAAGUGGUCGAUGAAUGAGUUGAUUGCUAUGUGCGUACAAGAAGAAGAGCGUCUGAAGCUGGACAAACCUGAUGUGGCUUACCUCAUGACCGCUAAUCCAAAGAAGAGGAAGGGCAAUGUCGAUAAGAAGGAUGUUUCUAAAGUCCAGAAACGUGAUGCAAGUGCUUCUUCCAGCUCUAAGAACUCUAAAGGGAAGUCUUACUGCAAGUUCUGCCGCAAGGAAGGACAUAGACAGAAAGACUGCCAAGACUUUAAGGAGUGGCUGACGAAGAAAGGGAUUCCUUACAAUCCAGAAGCUGGAAAGAAACCGAAGAACACUUAAGCUAGGGAAUGGAACAGAACUAGCUGUUGAAGCCGUGGGAACCUUAGAAUUAAUAAUAAAAACUGGUUUAUGUAUUAAACUUUAUGAUACCUU